CACCAUUUUGACCGUUCCCUCUCCUCUCUCCUAAACUCCCCCUCCUCCGCGUCAUCCCAAUUUCCUCCCCCUUUCCAAUAAAAUCUCUCUCGAUCAUUUCUCCCCAUAAAGUACUCCAUUAAAUCCUUCGAAUUCUCGAAAACAAAUAAUUAAAAUUCAGCACAAAAAAAAAAUGAACAACCUCUUCUCAAGUUCAUGGCGCCGCGACGACUCGAUCGAGAUGACGCGCAACCCCAGCUUAAGCGGCGGCGCCGGAGGGGCCAACCUCGACAAGUUCUUCGAAGACGUCGAGUCGGUGAAGGACGAGCUCAAAGCCGUCGAGCUCCUCCACAAGUCCCUCCACGACGCCAACGAGGGCUCCAAGACCCUCCACAACGCCUCGGCGGUCUCCUCGCUCCGGUCUAGGAUGGACUCCGACGUCUCGCUCGCCUUGAGGAAAGCGAAGCUGAUCAAGCUCCGGCUUGAGUCCCUUGAUCGCGCCAACGCGGCUAACCGCUCGGUCCCGGGCUGUGGGCCCGGGUCGUCGACUGACCGGACCCGGAGCUCUGUCGUGGCUGGGCUGCGGAAGAAGUUGAGAGAUCAGAUGGAAAACUUCCAAACGCUUCGGAAACAGGUCUCUUCUGAGUACAAGGAUACCAUCAAGAGACGAUAUUAUACCGUCACAGGCGAAGAUCCAGGCGAGGAUGUCGUCGAUGAGUUGAUCCGGACAGGCGAGGGCGAGAGGUUCUUGAAGCGGGCGAUAGAAGAACAAGGGAGGGGGACGGUGGUGGCCGUGGUGGAGGAGAUAAAGGAGCGGCACGGGGCGGAGGGAGCUGGAGAGGAGUUUGUUGAGAGCUGCACGCAGGUGUUUGAUGGACCAUGGCUGGUGAUGGAUGGAGCGCAGGGGCAGCUGGACGAUAUAGAGAGCCAGGUCGGGAAGGCGAGGUCGUUCGUUGAGAGGGGGGCGGAGCAGCUGGUGGUGGCCAAGAAGCAUCAGAAGAACACUCGGAAGUGGACCUGCUAUGCGAUUAUUUUGCUUUUGAUUAUUAUCUUGAUCAUCGUUCUUCCUAUUGUGUUGAAGAAAUGAUUUCUUUUUUUUUCUUUUUUCUUUUUUCUUUUUCCAGUUUGAUUUGAUGAGAGUGAUUCGUGUUAUGAGUUCAUAUGUCAUACGUUUUGUUUUAUUUUUUUUUUUGUAUAAAUAUGUUACGAGUAAUAGAUACUUCGAUGAGA